AGCGGGUGGAAGGUAGAUCUGCUGACUCCAACAGGACUGAGAGCUGGAGACUCAGCCCCCAGAGAUGUGGCAACGGUGGGCUUGUGUCCACUCAGGGGAGAUUUUACUGAGAUGAUGAGGGCACUGGGGUAUCCCCGACUCAUAUCUAUGGAGAAUUUUCAUACCCCAAACUUCAUGCUUGUUUCAGAAGUGCUUCUCUGGCUAGUGAAAAGGUAUGAACCUCAGACUGAUAUUCCUCCUGAUGUGGAGACAGAACAGGACCGGGUUUUCUUCAUCAAGGCAGUGGCUCAGUUCAUGGCUACCAAAGCUCACAUAAAGCUCAACACGAAGAAGCUUUACCAGGCAGAUGGCUAUGCAGUGAAGGAGCUGCUAAAGGUCACCUCUGUGCUUUACGGUGCUAUGAAUACCAAGGGAGUGGAACGUGCAGACGUGAGUGAGGACGACAGCAGCAAGUUCAAGUUUGAUCUUGGCUCAAAAAUUGCUGACUUGAAAGCAGCUAGACAGCUUGCUUCUGAAAUCACCUCCAAAGGAGCAAGUCUGUAUGACUUACUUGGCAAAGAAGUUGAACUAAGGGAAGCAAGAACAGCAUCUAUUGCUAGACCUCUGGAGAUAAAUGAGGCUGAGAAGAUGAUGAAAAUUGCCAUUGACUGUGUUCUGGAACAAGUCCAAAAGACUAAAGACAUGUUGAAUAAUGUGGCUUUGGAUGAAGCCAAUUUGGAAGCUAAGAUUGAAAAACGAAAAUUGGAACUGGAAAGAAGCCAGAAGAGGCUACAAACUCUACAAAGUGUUCGUCCUGCUUUUAUGGAUGAGUAUGAGAAGAUUGAGGAGCAACUGCAGAAACAAUACAGUAGUUACCUAGAAAAAUUCCGUAAUCUGACAUACAUGGAGCAGCUUGUGGAUGAUUAUCGAAAGACAGAGCAAGAGAUGUUUGAGGAAACAACAAAUAUGCUACGUCUUAUGCAGAACAGGCUGAAGGAAGAGGAACAGCACCUGCUUAAGAGUGGAAAUAAGGAUGAUUCCGACAUAGAGAUUCAAGAGGAUGAAGGAUCCGAUAGUGAAGUGGAAGAGAGGCAGAUCAUGAAGCAGCGCACCACCACGGAAACAUUACUGCAAGGAAGAGCUGGCACACGGAUUGUGGGAACAAUGCAAGGUGGAGACACAGAGGAAGAUGGGAGAUCUGCCCCAGCACGGCCAGGUGUACACAAGAUCAUCACCAUGGCACAGGAGGACUCAGGGGAUAGUGAGAUUGACUUGGAUGAAGAUGAAGAUGAGGAGGAGGAUGAUAUAGAAGACAACAGCAUGGAAAUCUCCCCAAGCAAAUCUGGUCACCGAGCAAGAAAGCCAGAGCCACUAGAGGAAAGUGAUAAUGACUUCUGACCCUUUAGAAGCAGGACCAGGAGGCAUCUGGAAAUAUAAACUUUGGGGAGCAUGUAGGCCAGGAGCUAAUGUCCUGUCGUUUGAAAAGCGCUUGUCAGCAUGAAUGCGGGAGUUGGUAAAUAAUGUUCAUUAAACUUGAAAAUUAAACUUGGAGUGCCACUCUUGUGACUCUCAAAGCACGAGCAGUUUAUCCGUAAUGAGUAUCACAGUAAUGUGGAGUGCAGUUAUUUCCAUAAUUGCAUUAGAACUGGCUCUCGUGCGCUGCAGUGCCGGAAGUUGCACUCCAGUGAGCAUCGUGUGCUUGAUUUCCCUGCAUUUUAUUAUGUCCAAACAGAUUUUUUUGGCUUAAUACAACUGGAUGAAAAGCUGCUCUGGGAACACAAAUUGAUUUUAAAUCUGGCUUAAAUCUAUUUAUCCCAAACAUUUCCUUUACUUAAUCAAGGGCUUGCGUCUGCAGAGAGCAGCACCAGUUGCGCUAAGGGAGCCGGAAGCUAGUGAAGGGAGUCCUCAAAUACCACCUUCAGUGCAGCAUCUCUUAGUAUUUCAGCUGUGUCGGGGGGAAUUGUUCUCAGACUUCAGUGGGCUGUGCUUGAGUGUUCCGAAGGCAACCGUGCAAGACUGCACUGUAACUAAGUCCAUGCAAAAUUAGCCCUUUAAUUAUACUGGCAAUUCUGGUGCAGACUGAGGUUUAAGCACUAAAAUGGGCCCAAAGUUGGGCUUUUGUUCAGCAAGUUAUACUGAUGCCAUCAGUGAAAUUGUAUUCAGGUGAAUGCAAAAGCUGGCGUUUGUCUGGUGUGCUGCCUCUUUUCUUUUAGCUCUGCUUCAGCAUCGCAAUUUGUCUUCACGGGAGCAGAAAUCAGUGCUUGAUUAGGAGAGUUUGUUUUGGUGUGUAUUCAUCAGGGCAGACAAGAGCUCAGGCUGUUUUCCUGCCCUUCCCUUUUUUUUACAUCAGCAAAGUACUUUGCUUUCCCCCCCAUCUAAAGUCUAGUCAGGUCCAACCCCUCCAUUAUUGUGCUGAAGGAAGGAAUACAUGUGAGUUAGUUGAAAAACCAAGAGCUUUUUCAUCUCUCUGUGUCUCUGGCCUCAAGGGUGGAACCUUCACACCUAGGGCAGUUGCUCAUCAGCACAGCUCAGAGCUUGACAUGUCACAUCAAGGGGGGACAAAAGUUUACAGGUAAAUACAGCGCAGUUUUUGUGUAGUAAUGGGACAUAUGUGUGUGCAGUGAUGUGCUGAAAUUUUCACAAUCGUACAGGCUUGAGCUCAGCUGGCUGUUAGGACACCUCUUUGCACCCUGCAAAGUUAAUUGGGAUUUUGUACCUCACUUCAAAGAAAGCAAGCACGGAAGAUGGCCUUUUUGGGGCUAGACACCACCUGCAGAGCCAUCAGGGGGUGGUCCUGUGGCAACCAGUGAGAAAGUGCAUGUGCUUGCCACAUCCCUUUCCCAGGGGAUGAGGAUGUCCUGAUUUUAGGACCUGUUCUGAAAACAUUUUUACGUGUUACACAGGGAAUCUCUUCCAGUCCUGAGAUACAUCUGACCCAUGAGAGAUACUUCCCACAAGAUUGGGCCCAGUCUCCAAGUCUGGGCUGCAGUUUCAGAGUUAAAAUUUUCUAUGUUAUUUCCUAUAUUGUAGGCCAAAAUGGAGAGCCGACUUAAUCCCUGGUGUGCGCAGAACCAGAGCCUCUUCAGGCAGCACUGCCACCCAGCCUUUCAGCACCAGCAGCCCAGUUUAAGGCAGCUGUGGUGUGCACUGCAGCUUCUGGGACUGGGCAGUGCUGUUUGAAGUCACCCCCGGCACCAGUGGAAAUGAACCCUGCAAGCACUUGAGCUUUCAGCCCAGGAGUGUUUGUGUGUGGCUAGGUAUGUGCACAUGUGGACGGAUCAAUUAGCUCUAUUUCAAGUUGUUGUUAACCCCAUUUUCUGGAGCUCCAUGGCAUGGGAGGUAGCUCAGGGCUGUUGAUUGCUUUCCAUUGGUGUUUCAGGUAAUGUUUCAGCUCAGGGUUAGGCUCAGGCUUUGGGCAGAGCUGGACCUGAGCCUCAACCUGCCCUGAAAUAACAGUGAGAGAGGUAGGAGUUAAAUCCCUCAGCACCGCUGUAUCCCGUUGGAGAGCCAAGCCCCUGACACCUCAUGGAAAAGCCAUAAGCCCUCUUGUCACUCCAGUGCAGGGGGCUGGGUGCACACUGGAGCACAGCGUACCCCAGAGGUAAUGUAACACGAGAGGAAGGCAGCACGAGGCAUCUGCUCAUCUAGGAACUGAUUUAUCUCCCAGUAUGUACAUAUCACACAGCUCAGCCCAGCGUUGCUCCGGGAGCAGCCACAGAGGGCCCUGGAGCCGUCGCUCCCUGCCCGCAGUGCAGCAGCAGCAGCGUGUCUCAGUGUGGGCUGGAGGGGGCGUGGGGGGGGGUUGCCUAGUUUGGCUACUGGUCCAUCUGCAAACCUGGCCCUUUCUGGAGUGUCACUGGGUCUCUGCACACACACAAAGGUGUCACCUGGCACCUCUGCUUUCAGCAGCCACCCGCCCAAAAGGUGACCUGCUAGGGACAGACCCUGCCUGCGGCUGGGCUGUCGGGAAGACACAUCCUGAAGUUGCAAAACUUGUCACCGAUGACAACAGCAGGAGACCCCAGAAGUCCAGCCUGAACUCAAGAGGCAGAACUUCAUGAAAGGCAGUCCUGGUGUAGCACCAAGACUUGUGUGCUGGAGACAGCCCAUCCCUGUACAGUUCUGCUCCCCUUACAUUCACCCUCC